AUGGACAACUGUGGGAACUCUAGUCAAUUUGAAGUGCAAAUUACUGGCUACUUUGCCUUCACUUCAGUGUCUGUUUCCAUCUCCAAUUACCAGUUUGAUAAGAAGAUUAUGGUAAAUUGGGGAGAGAUGGUGCGGGUCAGCCUACCAGAGUCAGUUGGAAUUAAGGGCACUACCAAGUUCUCCAAUGUGGUCCUAGUCAAGGCUGACAAAGAUAUCUCAGUAGUGUCCGUCAGCAACAAACAUGUGAGCCCUGAGACCACUGUGCUGUAUCCUGUCUCCAGCUUGGGAAAUGAACACUACAUAGUGACUCCCCCUACAGAAUCCUUAGAUAGUUACCCAGAGUUCUCUGUUAUGACAUACGAAGACCGCAACCUUGUGACGGUCCAUGUGAAAGUCUACAUCUCUGCUAAUGUGGGCAUCCAGGUGGUGUUCUACAGCGUGGGCGCAGCUCUCCCUAAUUCCUCCCACGCCUUCCUGAUGAAUGUUCCAGAUGUUGCCAGUUACUGCCGGAUGUAUUCUAUAAAUGCCCAGGAGGGCUUCGAGAACUUUGCCUUGAUGGUGGCCAAUACAUCAGAGACUGGCGCCAUCAUCCUAGACAAUCAGCCUGUAAGGGAUGUGGUGUGGAACCGAGUCGCUGGCACUGAGUUCGUUUGGAGCAUGCAUACGCUUGCAUCUGCCAUCAGAUCCCAUGCUGUGGAACAUCCCAGCUCUCCAUUUGCGCUCCUGAGUGUUGGCACUGCCGCCAUGGACAGCUAUGGGAUUCCGGGUUCCUGCAGGAAGAAUGUUACCUUUAAAUGCCAGACUGAGACUCCUCAGAUACAAGAGCAGUUGGAGAUGUGCAAAGAUGUCUUUCUGCAGGGCAGCAACAGUGAAUUUUGCUCCUUCAUGAAUUCAACCUUAGUGAAUUUGGAGACCAUGUGUGCCCAGGACAGAGCAGUAUCGCUGAAGGUCAGAGCUUCUAUCCCUACGUGUGUGGGCGCUCUAUGGCCAAAUGCCCUGAGCACUGGAAUAGCAGAAGUUGCUGGCCCCUUUGGUUCCUUCUUGAAUAGCUCCACCCUCAGUGCUGGUGGGAAUGGGAGCGAGAGGGAGGUGGCCUCUGCCGUGAUGUUCCUCCUGCAGAGUGUGGAAUUGGCUGCACUGACGGCUGCUUUGAAGUCUCCGGAGACGAAGACCCAGAACGUGACAACAGAGUCUAUGGCUAUCGAGACGCUCCUCGUUGUCCCGACUGCAGGUCCCUGUGAUGAGGUCUUCAGGCUGAGAGCUCAGGAGGAGACAAUGGACAUUCACUGUGAUACGGUCACCAGAGCAGCCACAGAAGAUUCUUGGGCUGUUGCUUUUAUUUCUUAUUCCACACUGGACUCCAUCAUUAACAAGAGAUUUCUCAACGAGGGAGAUCUAAUGGCUGAUGAGAAAUUGAGGAAUUUUCACCUGAAUUCCAGGGUGGUGAGUGGGGCUGUCGGAGAUGGGAGGCCCAUGAACCUCUCCAAACCUGUGAACGUCACCCUGAGCCAUAGACAGGCAAAGAAAGAGGAGGAAGAGGCUCACUGCAUUCACUGGAAAUUCAUCACUGGGAAAGGCACCUGGUCUCCAGAUGGCUGCACCGCUGUGCACACGAACAGCACUCACACCAUUUGUAGCUGUAACCAUCUCUCCAGCUUCGCACUCCUUAUGGGUCACACCGGAGUGGAGGAGAGUGACCCACUGAGCAUCAUCACCUACAUGGGACUGACCCUUUCUCUGCUGUGUCUCCUCCUCGCCAUUCUCACCUUCCUCCUGUGCCGCUCUAUCCGCAACGUCAGCACCUCCCUUCACCUGCAGCUCUGCCUCUGCCUCUUCCUGGCCGACCUGCUCUUCCUCACCGCAGUGACCCGCACCAGCAGUCGGGUGGUGUGUGCUGUAAUUGCUGGCUUCCUACACUACCUCUUCCUGGCCUGCUUCACCUGGAUGUUCCUGGAGGGGCUGCACCUCUUCCUCACUGUCAGGAACCUGAAGGUUGUGAAUUACACCAGCGCCAGCCGGUUCAAGAAGAGAUUCAUAUACCCAUUCAGCUAUGGAUUCCCAGCCUUGGUGGUGGCUAUUUCAGCAGCGGUGAAUCCUGAAGGCUACGGAACUUCCAAACACUGCUGGCUCAGCCUGGAGAGAGGAUUUCAUUGGAGCUUCCUGGGACCAGUCUGUGCCAUAAUCCUGAUAAAUUUAACAUUUUUUCUUGUAACCCUCUGGAUCCUGAGAGACAAACUCUCCUCCCUUAAUGAAGAUGUGUCCACUCUCAAAGACACCAGACUACUGACUUUUAAAGCUAUCGCCCAGCUAUUCAUUCUGAGCUGCACGUGGAGUCUUGGUCUCUUCCAAGUUGGCUCAGCAAAAAUGGUCAUGGCGUAUUUAUUCACCAUUGUCAACAGCCUGCAGGGAGCCUUCAUCUUCCUGGUGCACUGUCUCCUCAAUCGCCAGGUGAGAGAGGAGUACAGGAGAUGGAUUAAAGGCACAAGAAAAACCAGCCCCACUACUCAAAAUUUUACUCUGUCCAUGUCCGCUGUCACUACCAGCACCAAGAUGGUGAGUUGGGGAGAGCCCUCCACUUCAUCUCUGUGAAACAGUCACCUCUCCAAUCAACGAUGUUUAUCAUACAGCCGGCUUUGCUGUGGGGCAGGUGCUUCAGCCGCCAUUCUUCAUCACAACUACAUACACAACCUGGAAGGGGAAGCAGGAUAGGACAAAAUCCACAACUCCUGAAUUCAAAGGCCACCCUAGGCUUGUAGCUGGGUAUCUCUCCCAGAUUUAAAGGGCCAGAUGCCAGGUUCAGAGAGCAGUUAUUUCUUAGGGAAAGCACACCAUGCGGGAGGAGGGGAGUGAUUUGCAGAGCCCUCGCGUGUUAUGUGUGUGAGUUAGCUCUGCAGGUUCACUGUAAUGUGUAAAUAAUAAAAUAACCUGCUUAUGGA